CACAAGGCAACGUGCCCAUCUCCAAUCUGCAUUAAUUUUUGUCAUACAAAGCUCAGUUUGUUCAAAAACCGCUUAUAGGAUCGUAUUAAUUAUAUUCGUGCAAAUAUGCAUCAUAUUCGAGUAACAAAGGAAGAAGAGCAUGACAUUUUGGUGUCAGCUUUCAAGCACGUGAUCACCGAUGGGGUUGAUACUCACACCCCACAACAGCUUCAAAUACUAGAAGCACUCCAGGGUAGUAGUACUGCCGCAUCAUCAUUGCCUUCAACCAGUGGGGCCAGCGACACUAGGAAGAAGAAGAAGAAGAAGGAUGACAAUGAGAAGAGAUAUAGGGGAGUGAGGCAGAGGCCGUGGGGGAAAUGGGCGUCUGAGAUUCGAAACCCGAGGGAAGCGAAGCGGGUGUGGCUUGGCACCUUCAAGACGGCAGAGGAGGCUGCCAGGGCUUACGAUAAGGCUGCCAUCAAGUUCCGUGGACCUAGAGCCAAGCUUAAUUUCCCAUUGUCAGACUAUGAGGUUGAAAGAGAUGAUCAGCAUGAUGAACAAGCUCAGGAGGUUAAUCCAAAUGUUAAUGUGGAGAUGAUGGCAGAGAGCGAUACACAGAUUGUGAAAGACGUGGCAGAGAGCAGUGAUGAAGAGAAGAGCUUUUGGAUGGGAUUACCAUGAAGGAACUUGAACAAUGGAUGAUGGAUUGGCCUGACAACGCCAAUGACCCCACCCUGUAAUAGAGAAAAGAUACCUAGUUUUGAAUGUAUAUUUCCUUCCACUUAGGUCUGACUAGGCGCAGCUCUGACUAGGAGCAUGGGGUUGAUUUGAACCGUUGA